AGGUUCAUUACAGAUACUUUCCUGCCUCCUGGGUAGCUGUAAAUAGAGUUGGCACAGAGUGAUGAAUUAACCUACACCUGUACAUCACAGAGAGCUUUCUUUCGCUGCCCUUGCGCCGGUCAUUCCAUCAUGUCUUCUAGAAAUAUUCGUGAUGAAAGCUCUGCUUUUGUACUACUGUGUUAGGACUCGCAAUGCUCCGUCCGCCGUAUUAAAAUAAAUACAUUGCAUUUCACUGCGUGCAGUGCCGGCAGAGAGCUGCGGGCGCCGCUGUUGACCGAGAGGAGCGGGAGGAAGCUCGGAGCGCGGCAGCCCCGCCCGCUGCGGCCCGGCUCGCUGGCGGUGCCGGUGUGUGAGUCGGCGGCGGAGCAGUCUGCGAUCGUCCCCGCGGUGGGGGACGUGCUGAAGAGGGUCGGAGGAGUCUGGCAGCAGCGGCCGGGAGCAGAGCGCCGGAGCUACACUGUGAGCCAGAUCCGUGAGCGGCGGCGCAGAGCUCCCGCCGGUGUUGCGGUGCCGCGGCGGAGAUGUGCGCGGCGGGGAGGCGCUGGGGCCGGCGGCAGCGAGCUCUGCUCGGGGCCGUCCUGCUGGCGGCGUGGCAGGCGGCGUGGGGGCAGCUGCGCUACUCGGUGCCCGAGGAGAUGCCCAAGGGCUCGUUCGUGGGCGACGUGGCCAAGGACCUGGGACUGCAGCUGCCGGAGAUCAGAGACCGCGGCGUCCACAUUACAGAAAGAAGUAGGACACAAUACUUUUCUCUGCACGAGAAGACGGGACAUUUAGUAACAGCGGAGAGGAUCGACAGAGAGCAGCUCUGCCGGCUGGUGGAGAAAUGUGUGCUGCGCUGUGAGCUGAUAGUGGAGGGACAGAUGCAGGUUUACGGAAUCGAAGUAGAAAUCACGGACAUUAACGACAACGCGCCGAGCUUCAGAGAGGCAGAAGCAGAGCUGAGAAUUAGCGAAAUCAUAGCCUCGGGGGCGAGGUUUCCACUUCCCAGGGCACAUGACCCCGAUACGGGCCGGAAUUCCCUGCAGAGCUACGAGCUGAGCGGCGACGAGCACUUCUCGCUGGCCGUGCAGGCGGGCCCCGGCGGCGAUCAGCGUCCCGAGCUGGUGCUGGCCAAGGUGCUGGACCGGGAGGAGGCGGCGUUUCACGAGCUGGUGCUGAGGGCGAGGGACGGCGGCGAUCCGGCACGGACGGGCACGGCUCGGAUCCGCGUGACGGUGCUGGACGCAAACGACAACGCGCCCGUGUUCAGCCAGGCGGAGUACACGGUGCGAGUGCCCGAGGACGUGCCCGUGGGCUCUGUCCUUGUCACCGUCACGGCCACCGACAAUGACGAUGGCUUAUACGGGCACGUGAAGUACUCUAUGAAGAAAGUGACAGACAUGGAAUCGGAUAUUUUCCAUAUGGAUAUUGAACGUGGAGCACUCAAACUGUCGAGGAUCCUCGAUUUUGAGGAAGACGAUUUGUAUGAACUGGAGGUGCAGGCACAUGACAGUGGAGCUCUUUUCGACACUGCAAAAAUCACAAUCACCGUGACAGAUGUAAACGACAAUGUGCCCGAACUGACAGUAUCGUCAAAGCUGAACGAGAUACCGGAGGACGCCCAACCAGGAACUGUUGUGGCCCUACUGCACGUGCGGGACCGGGACUCGGGGGCGAACGGCCAGGUGCGCUGCUCCCUGGACGGGGAUGUCCCGUUCCGGUUGGAAAAAUCCUAUGAAGACUACUACCGUGUGGUGACAGCGGGAGAGCUGGACCGGGAGCAGGUGUGGGAGUACAACGUGACGGUGCGGGCGGCGGACGGCGGGUCGCCGUCGCUGCAGAGCAGCGCGGUGCUGGCGCUGCGGGUGCUGGACGUGAACGACAACGCGCCGGUGUUCUUGGAGGAGCGCUACAGCACGCGGCUGGCGGAGAACAACGCGGCGGGCGCGCUGGUGCUGACGGUGCGCGCCACGGACGCGGACUGGGGGCAGAACGCGCGCGUGCGCUACCGGCUGGCGGAGGGGCGGGUGCGGGGCGCGCCGCUGUCGUCGUACGUGUCGGUGCAGGCGGAGACGGGCGCGCUGUACGCGCUGCGCUCCUUGGACUACGAGCAGGUGCGCGAGCUGCAGCUGUGGGUGCGGGCGGAGGACGGCGGCGCGCCGGCGCUGAGCAGCAACGUGUCGGUGCGGCUGCUGAUCGUGGACGAGAACGACAACGCGCCGCAGGUGCUGUACCCGCCGGCGGGCGCAGCGGCGGGCUCGGGCGCGGCGUGGUCGGGCGUGGAGCUGGCGCCGCGCCGGUCGGAGGCCGGCGCGCUGGUGGCCAAGGUGGUGGCGGUGGACGCGGACGCGGGGCAGAACGCGUGGCUGUCCUACGAGCUGGCCAAGGCCACGGAGCCGGGGCUGUUCCGCGUGGGGCUGCACAGCGGCGAGGUGCGCACGGCGCGCUCGCCGCUGGCCCGCGACGCGGCGCGCCACAGCCUGGUGGUGCUGGUGCGGGACCACGGGCGGCCGGCGCUCUCGGCCACGGCCACGCUGAGCGUGGUGCUGGCCGAGAGCGUGGCCGAGCUGCUGGCCGAGCUGGGCAGCGCGGCCGACGAGGCGGCGGCGCCGGGCGAGCCGGCCGCCAGCCUGACGCGCUGGCUCGUGCUGGCCGUGGCCGCCGUGUCGUGCCUCUUCGUGGCCUUCCUGCUGCUGCUGCUGGCGCUGCGCCUGCGCCGCUGGCACCGCCAGCACCUGCUGCCGGCCGACAGCGGCGCCCUGCGCGGCGUGCCCGUGUCGCACUUCGUGGGCAUCGACGGCGUGCGCGCCUUCCUGCAGUCCUACUCGCACGACGUGUCGCUCACGGCCGACUCGCGCAAGAGCCAGCUGCGCUUCUCGGCCGCCAGCUGCUGCGACACCCUCCCGGCCCGCCCGCCGCCCGACGAGCCCGCGCCGCUGCUCGGGGACCAGGACCCCGCCGGCGCCCUGCCCGCGGAUUCCGCCUCCGCACCGCAACAGGGCAGUCGGGAGCUGGUGGCGGUGCGGGCAGGCGGGAGAGCCCCGGGGCCGGUGCCGCCGCUGAGCCCCGCCCAAAGCCGGGCCCCCCUGAGCGCGGCGCUCCGGCGGCUGCAGUGGCGCGGCGGCGCCUCCGGGUGUCGCUGUUGGCCGCCGCCGAGCGGCGCUGGAGCCGCCGCCGCCGCCGCCGCAGCGUCCUGCCCCCGCAGGCUGCUCGCUCGCCCGGCGCCGGCCACAGCGGCAGCGGCACCGCCGCCAGCAGCAGCGGCGAGAGGCGGCGAGAGGCGGCGAGAGGCGGCGCGGCGAGCUCGCAGCCUUUGA